AUGGUGGCGUUUCUGAACGGUCAGAUCGAUGAUCAACCUCUAUUAGGGCAUUUCCGUCGCUUGGUUCCCAGCGUCCCAGAAUUUCUACGUCAGAAUGAAGCUGGUGUUUUUGUGCCGUCGAUUUCGGGUGGCGCGGUCACCGGUCACCACAGGCCCUGCGCUGCCGUCCGUCUGGUCUGGAAGCCGGUGUAUUCGGCGGCAUCGUCCGCAACUUUACCUUUGAGUUGGCGUUUUUCUGCACUGGUGCUGCUGGCCCUCUCUGCGCCGUCACGCGAUCCGCAACCGUGCGGUGAAACGGUCCCGGGCAUCGAACGAAAGUUUUUGCGCAUUAAUCCGUGGAAGCAAGGCCGUGAAACUGCCGCAAAGUCGUCUUUGCGACAAAAUCUAUUUGUCCUGUUUGAAUUGCGACGGUCGGCGGACGACGGUCGAAGGUCGACGGAGCGACCAACGACCAUCGCAUCGACUCUCAGGUCGUUAAAGUUUAUGACCUACGGACCAUAUUGCCAUCAUGCCGCAGUGCCGGCCGCUCACCGUGUGGCUGGUCAUGCUCCAAAUCGCGAGUACAAUCAGUGUCUAUACGCAGCCGUCAUAGAAAGUCAUAAGGAUCAACUUUUUCUACCGUAA